AAGACAGAUGGAAUCUAUGUUCCAAUCCAAUCCAAUCCAAUCCAAUCUUUUGGAAUGGAUGAAGUGAAGAAGAUGAACUCAACUUGGUUUCUUCUGUUAACUGUAAAACAAACUCAUUCUUAAGAAUGCCAAUCUUCUCUGUAACGCUUGGUUCCUUCUCUUCCCUUUCAGUGUCAGCUUCUCUGUCAAAAUCUGAUCUUUCCCCUUUCCUCAAUUUUCCCAACAAAUUAACUCUCAAUCUCAAAUCACCUUCGCAAUCCCAUCAGACUGCCACUACCAAACUUUUCUUCUCUUCAAAUACUCAAAUUCACCAAAACCCUGACUCUGUAAUUCUCCAACGCCCUUCUCCUGCUGACCCAAACGAUGCCGCUCGUCAAGCUCGGAGAUCUUCAGAUUGGAAAGCUGCAAAGGCAUAUAAAGAUAGUGGAGUCGUUUAUAAUGGUAGAGUUGAAGGUUUUAACAAUGGAGGCUUGCUCGUUCGCUUUUUUUCUAUUCUUGGUUUUCUCCCUUUCCCACAGUUGAGUCCAUUGCAUUCUUCUAAAGAACCAGAUAAAUCUAUCCAAGAAAUUGCAAAAGGCUUAAUCGGUUCAAUUAUGCCUAUUAAGGUAAUUCUAGCGGAUGAGGAUAACAAGAAAUUGAUCUUCUCUGAAAAGGAAGCUGCUUGGUCUAAAUUUUCAAAACAGGUUAAUGUAGGGGACAUUUUUGAAGUAAGAGUUGGUAAUGUAGAGGACUAUGGUGCUUUUGUUCAUUUGCGCUUCCCUGACGGUCUUUAUCACCUUACUGGACUAAUACACAUAUCAGAAGUAUCAUGGGAUCUAAUUCAUGAUGUCGGAGAUAUCUUGAAAGAAGGUGAUGAAGUGAGGGUCAAAGUUAUUGGUAUUGAUUGGGAAAAAUCAAGGAUUAAACUGUCAAUUAAACAGCUAGAAGAAGAUCCUCUUCUAGAAACUCUGGACAAAGUAAUACCUCAGGAUGGUUCAGUUGAUCCUGAUUCUCUGAGCGGUAGUGAUAGCAGUGGUAUUGAGCCUCUCCCAGGGCUUGAAACAAUCCUUGAAGAGCUACUGCAGGAAGAUGGUAUAUAUGAUGCAAGAAUCAGCCGUCAAGGGUUUGAAAAACGAGUGGUCUCACAAGACUUGCAGCUUUGGCUUUCUAAUGCACCUCCCACGAAUCAAAGGUUCACUCUCCUUGCUCGGGCUGGAAGACAGGUGCAGGAGAUAUAUCUGACUACAUCCCUUGAUCAGGAAGGUAUCAAGAAGGCAUUACAACGAGUAUUAGAGCGUGUCCCUUGAAUUUGAUUCACUCAGAGCUCUUCCCUCCCUGUAAUCAGUGAUUUUUGUACAGUUAUAUCUCACAUUCAAAGUUCUGACGUGGCAUAUUCCUAUCGAAUGUAUUUAUAUAUAUCCCAUAUCUUCACUUCCCAAUUUACUCGAAAAAUGUUGAUUCAAGAUUGAUUGAGCAAACAAGUUCUCGCAAGAACAUUCCACAAUUUACUAGUACAUAAUCAUUUCUAUAUUUC